AUGGCAGAGGGAAGAUUCAUUUCAUUUCACAAGUGGUAUAGUAUGGAUGCUGAGCAGAAACCCAAUACAGUUCAUUCAAGUGAAUCAAUCUAUUUGACUGGCUGUUUAAAUUGUCUAUGGAGUACCAUUACUUCAGAUAGACAUCAGACCGAGUUUAUGGUCCAAUCUUAUCAUCGUUUCAAAGCAGCCAAGGAAUAUACAUCAGCGGUGAAAUCUUUCUACUCCGUUAUAUUUGUUGUAUAUCGCUGCAUUAGAGACAAGAAGAGUAGGGACCAACAUGAAUACCUCGUAAUCAGAUGGAACAAUGGACUUUUGAUUCAUACGUAA